ACAUAAAUGCCCUUGCUAACCAAUGUGUAUUAUCCCACCAUAGCGCACGUUAGCAUGAAGCCUCGAGUCCUCUUCAGUACCUAAAACGAUCUCGUUUUCAUCUUUCUCACUUCACGAAAGCAGUUUCUCUGCCUUCCCACUAGCAACAAGAAGGGUGAAAAGACUGUGAGAAUCAAAUUGAAGAUGGCGAGUGCGGUGGACACAACAGGGAAUCCGAUCCCGACAUCGGCGGUGCUGACUGCGUCAUCGAAGCAUAUAACGGCGAGAUGCUUUCAAGAGAAUGUUGAUUUCCUCAAGUGUAAGAAGAAGGAUCCGAAUCCCGAGAAAUGCCUUGACAAAGGCCAGCAAGUCACUCGAUGCGUCCUUGGCCUGCUGAAAGAUCUUCACCACAGGUGCACGAAAGAGAUGGAUGCUUAUGUCGGUUGCAUGUAUUACCAUACAAAUGAGUUUGAUUUGUGUCGCAAAGAGCAGCAAGCAUUUGAGAAAGCUUGCCCUUUGGAAUGAUUGACAAACUGAACUUGUAAUGCCAUGCUUACAAUAAUUUAGGGCAGUUUGCCAUGAGCAAAUACUGUUGCUGCGUACAAUUUUUCUUGUUUCUCGGCAUGAAUUUUCACCCUUUUGUAUGGCUAAGAAUGUUCUUCCGCGGUUGCUUCCAAUUGUGAUGGGACCUAGACCCCUUUUAAACCAUAAAUAUCCAAGGUUAUUAAUAUUUGCUUUCA